AAGGACCAAGCCGACAGACUGGCAGAGGGCGGGGGCCAGAGAAAAGGAGUUUGGCAGCCACAGUACAACUAUUGUGAGGAUCGUAGUUCCUCCAACAGACCUUAGGGCAAAGUGCAAGGUUUGCUACCAUCGUACAUAAUCAUGCUGCAAAAUCCCCACCAAACUUCCCAAUCCUACGAUCAAUAAUCUGCCUCUCCGAAUAACGGUCAACACUGUUUCUCCGUCUUCUGGGGCCAAGAGCUCCGAUUGCAACCUUCUUCCAUUUCAAGUCUUAGAAUUGACGUGCGAAGUCUUAACGGAGAGAUUCCAAACUCAUCGAAAUAUGUCGGCCAUGUCCUUUUCUUCUACCAUGGCAACUUGCUCAGAAUCUUCAAUCUUAAGACCGAGACAUAUUUGCUCCGAUGGUCUCAGAAUCACCGUUCGUAGCUGUCCGUUGCAGGCUGCUGCAAGCUACUUUCGUGGUCGUGUCAGGCUAAGUGGUGCAGACACGAACAUGUGCCGAAGAUUCCGUGGUUUAAAAUCAUGGAUACUUGAGAGGUUGAAUUUCCAUCUACAGAGUGAAAAAUGUCCACCAGCUAGGGAGUCUAAGAGAUCGAGAAGUCAAAAUAGAAGUCAGUUGACCUGCACCCUGGAAACAGGAUUUUCAAAUGAAGAAAGACCAACUCCAGCUUCGUCCUCAAACCUCGAUGUUUCUGAUGAUACGGUCACCUCCAUUGAAUCUCCGCCUCGGCUACAUACAAGUUCCCCCAGUACUGCCACUGAUGUUAGUAGGACACCCUCACUUUGCAUUGCUGUUAUAGGAGCUACUGGUGAGCUAGCAAGGGGGAAAAUUUUUCCUGCAUUAUUUGCUCUGUACUAUAGUGGCUUCCUUCCUGAGAAUGUUGCUAUUUUUGGAUACUCAAGAAAGAAUAUGACUGACGAAGACCUACAAUCCAUCAUAGCUUCAACACUAACAUGUCGAGUUGAUCAUCAAGAGAACUGUGGGGACAAAAUGGAUGCUUUCCUUAGUAGAACAUACUACAUCAAUGGAGGUUAUGACAAUAAACAUGGGAUGUCCAAGUUGAACUAUCAUAUGACGCAGAUUGAGGGGGGGAAUAAAUCAAACAGGAUCUUUUACCUCUCUGUUCCACAAGAAGCACUUCUGGAUGUUGCAUCAUGUCUUGCUAGCUGUGCUCAGACCCAAAAGGGCUGGAAUCGUGUUAUAAUUGAAAAACCAUUUGGAUUUGAUGCACUCUCUUCUCAUAGGCUGACACAGUCUCUUCUUUCCAAGUUUCAGGAAAAGCAAUUAUACAGGAUUGAUCAUCUUUUAGGGAGGAAUCUUAUUGAAAAUCUCACAGUUCUAAGGUUUUCGAAUCUAGUCUUUGAGCCAUUGUGGAGCCGUGCGUAUAUACAUAAUGUACAGGUCAUUUUAUCAGAGGAUUUGGCCACGCAGCCUGGAAGGUACUUUGGAAAUUAUGGGAUUAUUCGUGACAUUAUCCACAGUCAUGUUCUCCAAACAAUAGCGUUGCUUGCCAUGGAACCACCUGUAAGCCUUGACGGAGAAGAUAUUCGAAACGAAAAGGUCAAGGUUUUGAGAUCUAUUCGCGAAUUAGAACCUAAAGACGUCAUCCUUGGGCAGUAUAAAGCUAGUAAGGAAAACCAUGUCGAUGUAUCCUUAAACCGUCUGACGCCUACAUAUUUCGCUGCUGCAUUAUACAUUGACAAUGCGCGAUGGGACGGUGUGCCGUUUUUGGUCAAAACUGGCCUGGGACUCAUCAAACACCAAAUGGAGAUACGAAUCCGGUUUCGUCAUGUUCCAGGAAAUAUUUACCACGGGUGCGUCGGGCAUAACAUUGAGCGUGCGACAAAUGAACUAAUUCUUCGUGAUGUGCCAGAUGAAGCAAUCCUGAUUAAAGUAAACAACAAGAUUCCUGGAUUGGGGUUGAAGCUGGACUCUUCCGAAUUGAAUUUACUUUACAAGGACAAGUAUAAAUCAAUGGAGGUGCCUGACAGAUACGAGCAUCUUCUGCUAGAUGUAAUUGAUGGGGAUAACCACGUGUUUAUGAGAAGCGAUGAGGUGGAAGCGGCGUGGAACAUUCUGAGUAAGAUUCUGAAUGAGAUAGACAAAGAAAAUAUGUCAGUGGAGUUGUACGAGGUGGGUGGUCGUGGUCCCGUUGGAGCAUACUACCUGUGGGCAAACCACGGUGUGCCAUGGCCAGAGGAAUGACUUGUUUCGUUCGUUCAAAAACUAUCCUAUCUUCUUUAUUUAUCCUUGCCCCCAAGCCCCCUUAGUCCUUUCUCUGUUUUAGGUUGUAUAACGAAAACCGGAGCAAAUAAAGAAUAUUGACGAACGAGGCUGUGUGACUUCGGAGUUGAGAUUGCCAAGUUCUCUUUGUGCUGCGUUUCCUUGGGCUGUGGGUUAUGAAACCCAGAAAACUGAUGUGAAAAGUUGGAAACAAUUGAGCUAUCAAAUAUUUGAUCUGACAUUUUGAAAAAAAAAUCAUGUGAAAGACUUCUGAAUAAUCUGAUUGGACGGUAGGCAACAGCAGGCUUUUCUCCUAGACGAAUCCUUGUUCAUCUUAUAACUGAAUCGUGCUAGUUUAUUUUUGCAAUGAGUUAUAUGCCUUUAUGUUUAA